AUGGCGGACUCACUGCUGGCAUUCUUCACUCUCAUGGACAACCAAGAUGGCACCAUUGUUAGAGAACCCCCAAACUUUGAUCUCGACCUUUACAUACAGAGCUACAGAGGCCGUGCUCGCUUCGAUCGUCUCUUCCUCAUCGGCCGCAGCUCGGUGCCGUUGUGCGUUGAUGCCUUGAAAUUAGCCAUCGCCGAGGCCAAGAGAGGCAAAGACACCCACCGAUACAGGGAGGCCGUGGAGUGCCUGCGGGUUGCAGCGCCUUCGGAACCGGAGGCGGUGUUCGAUCAAAAAUGGCUGGAAGCACAGGACGCAGAAAACAAAACCGAGACCAACCGCUUGCUCAAAGAGCUUAAAGGAUACAAGAAUAAUCUCAUCAAGGAGAGCAUUAGGAUGGGCAACGAAGACCUCGCCAAGCACCUCGAGAGCAUCGGCGACCUCAACGCUGCGAGCGAGACAUAUUCAAAAAUGCGGCCGGACGUCAGCACCGCGAAGCAGCUUCUCGACGUCGGCAAGCAUCUAGUUCGAGUGUCGAUUCAGCGGCGCGAAUGGGAUAUGGUGAGCGCGCACUUGAGUAAGAUGGGGGGUGCUCAAUCUGCAGAGGACGAAAAGGCCGUCCAACCGUACCUCAAGAUCGCCCACGGCAUCGCGUUCUUGGGGCGCGAGAAGUUCAAGGAUGCCGCGCUCAGCUUUCUUUCGGCCGACUCCAAUAUCCCCAGCUCGACAUACGGCGAGCUUGCCAGCCAAAGCGAUGUCGCAAUUUACGGCGGCCUCCUUGCUCUCGCGUCUAUGGACCGUAAUGAACUGCAAACCAACGUGCUUGAUAACGCACAGUUCCGGACGUUCCUGGAGCAGGCACCGCACAUAAGGCGUGCUGUUGCGCAGUUUGUUAGUGGCAGGUACUCUGCAUGCAUCGCCAUUCUCGAAUCCUACCGUCCGGAUUACCUACUCGACAUUUACCUUCAGAAGCACAUCGCCGCCAUAUACUCCCAAAUUCGGAGCAAGUGCAUCAUCCAGUACCUGACACCGUUCUCAUGUGUCAGCUUGGACACCAUGAAUAAGGCGUUUGGGGGCCCGGAUCAGGUCAUCGAGGAUGAACUGGCCAACAUGAUUCAGUCGGGCGCGCUGCAGGCUCGGAUCAACACGAUUGACAAGCUCGUAACAACCAAGGCGGCGAACCCAAGAGCGCAAAUGCAAGAUUCGGCGCUCCGGAUGGCCGAGAACUACGAGAAGCAGGGCCUUGACCGCCUCAGGCGGAUGGGCCUCGCCGCGGCCGAUCUCGAGCUCAAAUCAGUAAAAAAGUCGAACCCCUUCGGCAGCCAGAGCGACCUUAUGCUUGAGGAGACACUGGGUUAA